AUGACAAGCAUCAACGACGAAGUCAUCCUUUGCUGCGUGCAGGACAGCCCUAUAUCUUUCGACCUGCAAGCGUCGCUCGACAAGCUCAGCAAGCUGGCGCAAGAAGCGGCAACCAAAGCUCGUGCAGCUGCGUCUUCGCCUUCCACUCCCAUCGUCGUUCUCUUUCCCGAAGCUUUCCUAAGCGCCUAUCCUCGAGGCCUAGACUUUGGAGCCAAGAUUGGACACCGGACCGCCGAGGGACGAAGCUGGUUUGCACGCUACCAUGCUUCAUCUGUGCCAGUGUGCAAUACGGAAGGGCCGGAGAUGACCACCAUCCGGAACGCGGCCAAGGACAACGGCAUCACGUUGGUGGUGGGUGUAAUCGAGCGAUGCGAUGCACCGGAGACGGGAAAGAAGAGACAAGAGUAUGGCAGUAGCGUCGCAGGCGGAACAGGCACCAUCUACUGUACCGCUCUCACGAUUUCAGAGACGGGGGAGGUGCUGGCUUCGCACAGGAAGCUAAUGCCUACCGGCACCGAGCGGUUGGUCUGGGGCCAAGGCGAUGGCCAGGGCAUUCGAGUCGCUCGCACUCGAGCUGGAGCCGUCGGUAGCGUCAUCUGCUGGGAAAACUACAUGCCGCUUCUACGCACCGCCAUGUACGAGCGCGGAGUUGAGAUCUACUGCGCUCCAACUGCCGACAGCAGACCCACAUGGACGUCGAGCAUGCAGCACAUCGCCAUGGAAGGUAGAUGCUACGUCAUCUCUUGCAACCAGUUCAACACGCGGUCCGAUUACCCCCAGGACUAUCCGGCACUCAACGAUCUCAAAGCGGAUGAGGUGGUCACACGAGGUGGCAGUGUCAUUGUGGGCCCCCUUGGCGACAUUCUUGCGGGACCGCUGUUCGACGAAGCAGGCAUCUUGGUGGCCAAGGUGAAGAAGAGCGAGCUGGUCGAAGCAAAGAUGGACUUUGACGUUGCAGGACAUUAUGCACGCAACGACAUCCUGCGCCUGCAAGUCAACGACCAGAGCAGCUGA